GGGAGACCCAGGCCAGGAGGUAUGCACAGCCACGGCACAGGUCAGAUGUCACUUGGCACUUGAACGGCCAGCUGUGUCUCAUAAAGCAGUGGCAGCAGUCUUGACUGAACGUUACAUCUGCGCCGUUGAUUUACCGAACGAAAUCGACUACGCCACUUGAGUCUCACCGAUAAUAUUAGAGUGAAUGGGUUAUUAUGAAGUGAUAUAGUUUUCUGUAGACACAGAAUAAUCAAGGAAAUCGAGCUUGGUAUUACGUUACUUACAAACAGGUGCCAUACGUCGUGACAUGUAACCAGCAACUUUCGUAAGACUGCAGUCAUAAGAGCUUGAAAAAGAAUGGUAUAUAAACUGUGAGCGCCGGACGCUACCGUAAACAAGAAAAUACACUGUACAUACAAAAAUAAGUAUAAGUAAACGCCUGGAUUACCCUAGAAUACUCGGCGGUCGCCGAAUUGCAAGAUAUUUAAAAGAUCCUGUCCCAGGACGAACGAGGGGAGGGGUCCACGCACAGCCAUGUCACCAACGCGCAUACUUUUAAUCCUUUUAACACUCAUGCUGGUCUUGACGUUGCUGUGCGAAGCUGUCGAUGCUGCUAAACGCAGGCGUCGAAGACGUCGCCGUCAGCGAGGGCAGAUGCAAGAGGCGGGUUCUCGAAAGAUAAGACACGCGUCGGGGAGGAGGGCAGAAUUCGUCAGAAGGACGCUGACGAAGGCGCGCCGAAGGAGGAAGAAGGUGGAGGAAGGUUCAGUUCGCCUCGUGGAAGGUCGAGCAGAAUAUGAAGGAAACGUGCAGGUAUACCACGAAGGCCGAUGGGGUAAUAUUUGCGACGACGAAUGGGAUGAACGAGAGGGAGAAUUAGUUUGCAGACAGUUGGGUUUUCCAGGUCUCAUGAAGGUCACUUACAGCGGUACAUAUGGGCAUGCACAGGGUAAUUAUUGGUUGGACAACCUAUUUUGCUACGGAACAGAAAAGAACCUCACUGAAUGCAGGCACGAUGGAUGGGGAAUCCACGACUGCGAGGGAACUGAAUCAGCAGGAGUUGUCUGUAAAUCCCACUUCACAACUACCACACCAACUCCAACGCUCCCUCCAAGAGACCAGCCAAUCUUCACUGAUAAGAUAAAAAUUGCGCAUGCACUUGAUGGAAAAAUGAAAUUAAGAUUAAAGGGUGGAAGGACUGACACUGAGGGCCGCGUAGAGGUCAGACUACCAGGUUCUACGAACUGGACUCUCUUGUGUGGAGAUGGAUGGUCUCUCUUGGAGGCCAUGGUUGUUUGUCGGCAUAUUGGCAUGAAGUAUGCACAGGGAGCAUUGUCUGCAGGCUUCUUCGGGGGAAAUAAGUCAGACAUUUCAAUCAGUGGAAUUAAAUGCCAUGGAAACGAAGAGAAACUGGAUCACUGUUUGCAUGACGCUGUGGGCGAUGUCUUUUGCCCUGACGAAGGGUCCGAGCCGAACAUAGCGGGUGUGACAUGCGUAGAAAAAAUGGCUGACUUGGUCCCGGAUCACAUAGAGCUGGCGAGGUCGGCUCAUUUGGAAGACAAGCAAUUGUUCUUUUUACAGUGCGCAAUGGAAGAAAACUGUCUUGCUCAGUCAGCAGUAAUAGCACAGGAGACUGGUUAUGGAUGGCAUCUGGAGACCAGACGACUCCUAAGAUUUACUGCCCGCAUUGUAAAUCAAGGAGACGAGGCCUUUAGGCCUUUCUUGCCUAAGGAACACUGGCAGUGGCACGCAUGUCAUAUGCAUUAUCAUAGUAUGGAAGUCUUCGCUCACUACGACAUCAUAGACGAGAAAGGAAAUCGUAUAGCUGAAGGUCACAAAGCUUCCUUUUGCUUGGAAGAUAACAACUGCGCUCCAGGAAUACAGCCGGUUUUCAAGUGCGCCAAUUAUGGUGAUCAAGGAAUCAGUCCUGGAUGUACAGACACAUAUGCAUACAAUAUUGACUGUCAAUGGAUAGAUAUUACCGAUAUUAAACCUGGCACUUAUACUUUUAAGCUAGCUGUAAAUCCUGAACUCAAGGUGCCCGAGAUCUCCUUCGACAAUAAUGCUGCUGUGUGUGAGCUUAUCUAUCGUGAAACUAAUGCAUGGAUUGGCAACUGUUCUUUGACUCGUCCUUAAUAUGCAGAAGUACCUUCAAAGCAGUUUCUUGAGACUUCCUUAAUCAUACAAUGGUAGCACACUAACUGGCUGUGUGAAAAUUACUUAUACAGUAUACUGUGAUGAUCAUUAAAUAUGAGAUAUAAAAAAGAACACAAACAAGCUCAGGUAUCACACCAAUUAUCAGGCGAUGAUUACUUGUCAGUCUUUACGGAAUUACAUAGAGUGAAUGCUAAACUUGUUACUAUUUAAGUGCUCCUUACAGUGUCGCUGAUGAAAGUUGUAUUAAUUUUAUAAAUUUAUCUUAGUCUAGACCUAUUUUCAAAAGAGUAUUUAAAGUUUUUUUACAAAGACAAAUACUCUUCUUUGAGAAAGUACUUAGAUACAAAUUUAUAUACUUAGUAUUCUCUUCAAAUAUGAUGCAAAGGUUAAAAAAAUUUUGGCAUACCCUAUGUCCUGGGUGUUUACCCAGCCAUUCAGAUAGAUUGACUGACAAUGAAUCUGAAUACUACUAAAAAGCGAUGCCCAGGCCUGGGUAGACUGGAAUGAGGGAGCAAUAAGGACUGGUGACUGCACUUAUGGGUUUCCCAUGAAGAAGAGUAAUACUGCACCAAUAAAUAACUGAUCAGGUAUCAAGAGUCCUAUUAACAGCAUUGGAUCAGACGGACUCUUGGAUAUGUAUAUUGUAGACAUCAGUGCGAUGUACAGAUUCAAAGAGAAGCUAUUUCCCUUAGAUUGAUGUACAGUAUAUCAAACAAAAAUCACAAAAGUAUACAACAAAGGACAGUUAGGAUCUCACUCAGAAUCACAUUGGAAAUGGAGCAACUAAGCAAUAGGUUAUAAGGGAAUGCAAAGGAUAAGUUUCUCUUGAAAAAGCAAAGACUCUCCAAGACUAAUGCCAGAAAUGAGAAUGGAGAGUAUGGCAUGAAAUUAGAAGCCCCUCCUUUCCUGUACCACUUCCAUGUCAUCUAGGUCUUCCUCUUUGCUUUCCUCUCAACAUUUCCAAAUUGUCCACUUCUUUUACCACCUCGAUAAAGAAGCUGGCUAAUGCUUACCCCGCAAUUCAAAACUAAGAGUAAAACUCAUGCAGUUGCUGGGAGGCUUCCACUAUGGUUUUAUUGGUUUCAUCAGGAGAAAAGGAUAUCUCAUGUUAAGAAAUUUUAUCAGAGUUGUCCAGGACCAAACAUUCCUGAAGUUCGAUGUAGUAGAUCUAGCUUUAUGGAUAGUGCAAUGCAAAUUACUACAAUCUCUUAAAACCAUUUACACAAGACCCAUGCAAAUGAAAUAUACUGUAUUACUGUAUUUUGUAUUUCCUUUCGCAGUAAAGAUAUGAAACUAGAAAAUUUCAUAAAAUCAAAUACAAAAUCAAAUUCAGAGAAAGUUCAGAGAAAUCGUUUCAUCAACUGUAAAUGCUAUAAUUUACACUUUUCGUAAUGACUGUAGUAUUUUCUAACAAUAUAACAGUACAUAUUAGUUGUUUUAUCUUCAUACAAAUUUCUAAGCAUAUCAGUUUUCGACAUAUUUGCUAUGUAAUAAGCAACUAGCAUCAACAGUAGUAAACCUUAAUCAUUAUGCAUCGGGCAUUAUUUUCCUGCUAAACGUUCCACUAUCAUCAUUUGUUAGUCAAGAUUAUCUGAGUUAACAGCACAUACUAGUCGUCUUUUCUAUACGUUAAUGUCUAAUCAUAAGAGUUGUAUUGAGUAAUUUUGUUUCAGUCAUAAUGUCUAUACUCAAAGUUGCAUUUUAUUAGUUUUUUGUUACCUUUCCCUUAAACAUCUGUUGUCUACAUUAAAGUGUACAUACCUUAUUAAUGUAAUUUAUAUUUGACUUUAUUUGUAUUAGCCUUGUAAAAUAUAUUAAGUAUGCUUAUACAUAUAGUGUUGGCGAUGUAUGGAGAGAAAUAGUAUGCUAACUGACAUUCGGUUCUGUACAACUGCAAAUUCCUGUAUAGCCUACCACUUAACAUUGCUAUAAUAUAUCUUUACUAGAAUCAAAAUUACAUUUCCUCGUAGUAAUGCUAUUAGAGAGAGAGAGAGAGAGAGAGAGAGAGAGAGAGAGAGAGAGAGAGAGAGAGAGAGAGAGAGAGAAGACACUCUUCAGGCUAGCCAAGAGACAGACAUUUGUAUGAUUAACUUAGUUUGCAUAAUUGUGGAAGAUUAAGUUAUAACAGGGAUUUUAUCAUAUCCCAUGCACCAUAAAAUUAAUGCUGUAAUAGUAUAUUGUUAAUAAGCUUAAAAUUAU